CGCCACCUUCUGUUCAACGAGCAGCACAACAAGGAAGUGAGCCACCAGCCCAACCUGUCUGUACACAACGAGCUUUGGACAAAUGUUUUUGUUGUAAGGAUGUCUGUUGAGAGCCUGGAGGAGAGGACGGUGGAGGUGCUGGCACUCCCUAAAGAGGUUGAUGAGGAGCUGCUCCUUCUGUAUUUUGAGAAUAAACGGCGCUCAGGAGGAGGCCCACUAAGUUCUGUGGAGAACAAGGGGGACAGAGUUAUACUCGUGUUUGAAGAUGCACAAGCUGCAGCUGGAGUGCUGGCUAAAGGCCCCCAUGUUUUGCAUAAUGUAGAGCUGAGUGUUAGAAAGCCAGCCACAAAGGACCCAUGUUUACUGCUGCUCCGGGGUAUCAACCCUAACACCAACCCUGAGAUGAUAGAGCUUUUCGUGGAGAAUAUGAUUGGCCUGGAACUACCUGAGUACCGUCUGCAUCCCUCUCCAGGAAGAGAUCUCAUCCUUAUUUUUCUCAGCCAACCCUUCUCUAGAGAUUUCCAAAGCAUCAGUGAAAGAAUUUCCAAGAGGGCACUUGAUGGGGCCAAGGUAACUCUUGAACAGGUGGAGCAUACGGACUCCAUCUUGGUGAAGAACCUGCGACCUGGCACCAGUACAGAUCUGCUCACGUUAUAUUUUGAGAAUAAGGGAGGUGAAAAUAGCGUGGUGAGGGAGGUCACAAGGCUUUCAGAGGGUACAGCCAAGGUGUCCUUCACACAUUAUGAAGCUCUCCACUGGGUUUUGGCUCAGCAGCACAAACUGGAUGGAGCUGAUCUUGAUGUUAUACCAUUUUACGACUUUCUUCAACCUGCACAAAGCUUAAUGUCACAAGACUCUGGAGUUGGAGCCCGAGAUACAGCUGAGAGAAACGAAGAGGAUCUGGCUGAUGUUCCUAUGGAAACCAGUUCUUCUACUGUUGUUGGUGCAAGCAGCCAGUCCUCCUCUAUGAUGGCUUCAGAGCCCAGUGUAGCAGCAGAAGAGGAUGCAGUGGAAGUCAUGGAGGAUGAGAUCCAGGAAGAAGUACUACCCAUUCAUAUCACUAUUGCUGAUCCAUUAAAACUAGAUUUGUUUCUACUCAGCAGCUUAAAACAGGACAUUGAAAGAGCUAAUCCAGAUGUCACCAUCCAAAUCAAAGACAAUGGUGUUCACAUCGAAUGUGCUGACAGGCACAAGAUCAAGCAGACAGAACAUACAAUCUCAGACUGCUUUGGCAACAUGGCUGAGAGUCAUUUGACUGUUGAGCCAGAGGAAGCUAGUUUCCUUGCAAGAAAAGAUGUUAAAGGUCAUCUAGAGAAAAAGAUUAAUCAAAAUGGGUCACCCUCUGUUUACACGGUUUCAGGCUGUAAUGUUUUGGUAUGCUCUCUAAAUCAGAACUCUGCAAACCAGGCUUGCAUCUUUUUAAAAUCUCAGCUGUGUCACUUCAGUAUACCUGUGGCUGCAGAAUUUGAGUGCAUGUUCUACUGCAAGGAAUGGACCGAGUUCCUGCAGUCUCUGACUUUUGCCACUGUAAAGGUGUCAGAACAAGAUAAGAAUAUGAAUGUGUUAACUCUGAAAGAGAUGGAGAGCGAGAAGCAGGCUGAAAUCCUGGGGUUUCUUACUACACCUAUUGAAAGGGAGACAGUAAUCCCCAUGGAACCAGGCAUGCUGAAAUACAUCCAGAACCAUUGUCACCAGCUACUGGCUGACAUGGACCAAGUGUCCAUUUUUCCACUAGAAGGGGAGGACGUUUGUGGGUUAAGGAUCCAUGGUCCUGCUAUUGCAUGUCAGAUGGCUGAAGAGGUGCUGCAAGGUAUCGUUUCCUCCAUCUGCACCAAAACCAUCACCAUUAAUGCUCCUGGAGUGACCCGUUUUAUACCUGAAGAGGAAUGCAAGAGCAUCCUGAAGGAGAUGGAGAAAAAGUUCCAGGUCUAUAUCAGCCUCAACUAUGUGCCCUGGGAACCCCUGGCUCAUCAGGACGUUUUUGAAACUGCAUGGAUGCUGAUGUCCCACAAAAACUUCCAGAGAGCGUCUUCAGCUGGUUAUCCACGCGAGUUAAAAUGUGACGCUAUGCAGACUGAUCAGAAUGGAGCAGGAGACAAAGGUCUUUUAGAGGAAGCAAAGAGAAUUGUCUCAAGAAUUGAUGAAAGACUUGAGGAGGGGGUUACCAACUCUAACAGAUCACCUGAUGAGAUUGAUGAGGAUCUGUACACAGCAGAGGACCCAACCACACAUGCAGACCAGGAUCCCAGUGUGAUGGUUGUUGAUUCUUCUCUUCCCUCAGCUGAGGGGAAUGCUGCUGCUGCUGGUGGGUUACUGCAGCAGCAUGAUAAUGCUGGCCUUUCCAUGGACCUUGAAGAAGAGGCUCAACUGUCUCUAGCCAUCCAGUACUCUAUGGAGUCAAGCCAUUGGUCCCUAGAGGAUGAGGAGGAACAGCUACAAAGAGCCUUAGAGCUGUCCAAGACAAUGACCCAACAUGAUGCUUCCCCACGCAGCACUGAAAAAAGCCCCCAAGGAGACAAGAUAAAACCGAACAUUUAUACUGCUACACAGGAAGCCAUCAAGGCAGCCAGCACCAUGCAGCUCGUUGUUUUUGCAAGUUACAACUCUGACCUGAUCAGGGUGGAAAUAGCCUUUGGGAAGAAGGUUUCUCAGAGACAGUCAGAGGAGAGGAUAGAGAACCGGGCUGUGAAGAACAUGUCUGAAUACCACAGAAAUUGUUUGGAAAUGAUCAAGAGAAAGCAUGGAGUUGAUAUUCAGGUUCAGGGCACCAUUAUCACUGUUUCAGGCUUCAAGGAUUAUGUGUACGGGGGAGUUUGGGAUACAAAACUGCUGCUUGAAAAAAUGCCCAACCACGUAUCUGACCGGGAAAUCCUCAAAGCAGUCCAGUGGGUGCAUCACAACCCAAAUUCUUCGGACACGACUCCAUACUCACGAGAUGCUAACGUGUUCAUUGAGAACAUUUGGAGAAAGAAGCUGACAAAGGUUGAUAUCUUGCUAGACAAUCAGCCUCACACCAUAGACUUUGAGAAGAUGCAGGAAUUCAACAAAGCCUCGGGGAAAUCUGUGAAAGUUACCAGAAGGGUGCUGGAUUUGGAAGACGUGGAGGAGAACGUACCAGAAGAGGAAUACUCUCUGCUAUCAAACCUGCCCGAGGCAAGCAAAGUGGACGAGGAAUCUGAUGAAUUUCAGAAUGUGGUGAAGAGUUUCUACGAGACCAUACAGGAAUACCACAGCAAAAUCAGAAUCAUCCAGGUGGAGAAGCUCAUGAAUCGACUCUUGUACAAUCAGUACAAGUUGAAGAAGGCGAGCGUACUACAGCGUGCCACAUAUCCGGUUGUUGAACGGACUCUUUACCAUGGCACAAGUGAACAAAGCGUGAAAGAGAUCUGUGUCCAUGGAUUCAACAGAAGCUUCUGUGGAAAGAAUGCCACCAUCUAUGGUCAAGGGGUGUACUUUGCUGUCAACUCUGCACUAUCAGUCCAGGAUCAGUAUUCACCUCCAAAUGCAGACGGACACAAGUUUGUUUUUGUGUCAAAGGUUCUUACAGGUGACUACACAAAGGGCUGCCAUUCGAUGAAAACAGCCCCACUGAAGGAGACCGGAGAUAUUCCUAUCAGAUACGACAGCGUGACAGACAACAUCACCAAGCCAUCGAUGUUUGUCAUCUUCAACGACACACAAGCUUUCCCAGAAUAUCUCAUCACAUGCCAGAGAAUUCACAGAUGAGGAAGCAGAUUGGUCCUAUGAUAAUGAACAUUAAAAAUGGAGAAUAAGAGCUGCUGUAGUUUCGAUAUUCUUGCCUUAAAAAGUGCAUUUGAUUCAGAAAGGGCUAAUGUGUUGUAUAGUGUUCAUUUGGUAUUUUGAUCAAAAUAUAGAUCAUUUGUUGUCUGGUUUAUCAGUUGCUUCACUUCUUUAUUGACAUCGAGACUGGUUAGAGAGAAUAUUUUAAAGCUGAACUGGAUGUGGCCAUUGUAACUUUCUUAAAGCAUGCCUUUUAGGCACCAAAUAGCGCACCCCUAUGUGUUGAAUGUAUUACUCCUUAGCUCCAUCGUGACAUUUUGCUUUCAGUAGCCAUAUGAUAGCUGCUGGAAUUUUUCAGCUUGCAAGCAUAAUUGAUCUGCUGCACAAAGCUUGAGACAGGUAUUACAGGUAAUAAUAUCAAUGUGAAUAUAUCUAUAUGAGAGCUUAAAUCUGACAUUCAUGCAUUGUUGAAUACCAGUCUGUUGAACUCAAAUGAUGUAUUUAUGGAAAUACUGAUCCGACUUUGGACUAUAUAAUGUAAUGUUCUGUGUUAUUAUUUGCUUCCUGGUUCUGUAUAUUGGGUUCUUUUUGAAGUAAUUGCAAUGUUCUGGUUCUGCUGGGGUUUUUUUUCUCUAUCCAUGUGCGAGGAGUCCUAAAUGUAGCUCCUGCAGCUCCCUUGAAUGUCAGAGUAGCACCAGAUCCAAGUCUGAUGCUCUACUAUGAAGAAAAUGUUGUUCAAGAGUGAUUGCCAGGAUGACUAAACUCUUUUUUUUAAGUGGAAAUUAUUUUCAGCUCACUAUUUUAAAAGGGGCUUGUACUGUUCCUUUACAUCCAAUCCACACAAAAUAUUUUUUAUGAAUUAUGUGGUGUUGUUAGAUCCACUGCAUACCUAAGAGGAAAACUUACUGUUGUCUACAUUAAACAUAAUAACCUGAAAGUUUAGUCCUUCGUAGCAUGUUUAAUGCUUAAGCCUCAUGAUUGUCUUUUUCAAGUUCGAUUGAGUUACUGCCAAGCAAAAUUACAGCCCCUGAUUGGAGAAGCUUCUAAUCAAUGAAGUAUUUAACAUAAAAUCUUAAGGUUUUGUUUGGUUUUGAUUAUUUUUAUUUUAUGUUUUAAUUUCUGUGAAUGUGUUUACCAAAGACAUUUAAACUUGGAUUUUGCUAUCAAACCUUUUUUUUUUGAAAAUUAAAUUAGGAAUUUCAAUUAUUUGUAAAGCUCAUUAUAAUUUGUAAGUGUUGAUUUUAUUUUUUCUAUUUUAAAGUAUAGUUUAAUAUGUUCAGUAAUUUUCUAAGAAUUUCUAUGAUGAAGAUGAGUACAAUAACAAAAGCAAAAGAAAUCAUGCCCAAUUAUUGUCAUAUAAUUCUUCAGGAUUACUUCUAUUCAAGUCAAAAACAACAAGGAUGAUGACUACAAUUUGGACUGACUGACAGCAUUAGUUCAUAUUAAUUACAUGAAUCAAACUGUCAUCUUAUAAUCUCAUACCAUUGAUAAAAUAGUGGGUUAUUAUGGUGAUUAAUUGAUCAUAAAUCCUGUAAGAAAUCGGAUGGCUUAACUUCCUUGGGCAGUAGUUACAAUUUGAAAGAAUGACUGUCUGGAGAAUUAAAAACAAAAAAAUAAAAUCAGAUUGGUAAUUUGUUAAAUAUUUGUCACAAGUGAAUUAAGUCUCAACUUUGCACACAAAUACAAUUACCGUAAAUAAUACCCUACCC